AUGGCUCCCACUACACGGUCAAGCUCCAAACCUCGCAACAUUCUCAUCACAGGCGCAUCCGGAUACCUAGGAGGGACUCUUCUAGCCCGCUGGUCCGGCGCAAAGCUCCCACACAACAAGCUAUACGCACUAGUCCGUACCCCAGAACAAGCUGAAGCAAUCAAGCAAUACGAAGCGGAGCCGCUUGAUUUCGACGUCCUAGAUACAGCCGCCACCGAAGCUGCCAUCAUCGACAAUAACAUCAGCGUAGUGUAUUUCCUGAUCGACUCCUUCGGCGCCGCAAAAUGGCAAUUGCCGAUGAUCAAAGCCCUUGCCACAGUCAAGAGGAACACUGGGCAGGAAGUCCACUUUCUGAAUACUUCUGGCGCAAAGUUAUUUAGCAGCCAUACUGGACUUCCAACCCUUCACCCUCUUCUUGACAGUGAUCCGGGUCUUUAUGAUUUGCAGACUCAGGCCCAAGCUCGCUCUUACUGGCCUAUGAUUGGACAAGCCCUUGAAUCUAAUAACCGAGUGAUUAAAACUGCCGAGGAAUACGGAGUGAGAUGCUACGUCUUCAUCCCUUGUAUUGUAUACGGCCCAGGCGAAGGAUUUGGAAAUAAGAUCUCGAUUCAAACCGUGGCGAUCGUUAAUACGGCUCGGAAGCUUGGGCGCGUAUACCAGCCCGAUCCUGAGGAGUUUUCAUGGCCCGUAUGUCAUGUUGUGGAUAACACGACACUUUACCUAGAAAUUAUUCGCAACAUUCUUUCUGAAAAAGACAUUCCCCACGGAAAGAAUGGCUAUUAUCUUGCUGCUAGCGGAACAGUGGCUUGGAAAAAGAUCUACACCGAAAUGGCAAAGGGCUUGGCAAAGCGGAAGGUGACUGAGACAGAGACUGUUGAUGUGGCUGACAGUGAUGUCCUGGACCAGAUGGCUGCAGCAAUAGGGUGCCCGAAGGAUAUAGUGACCUUGUUCCUCGGUGGGGACUGCUCGCUUACAGCUAAGAACGGGCUUGAUAUUGGAUGGAAGCCCCAGUAUCCCGCUGAGCACAUUCUCGAAAUGGCCGACGCUGAAGUUGAGCUCAUUUUGCAAAAAUUAUGA